GUAUUUCCUGGGGCUCGUGCGGACCACUCAGCGGUACACUGGAGGGCUAUCAUGACUAUUUAUAGCCAGCUGUUCUCCGUUAUCGGUGUUUCUGUCGCUUCACCGGGCCGUCGUCGGUCCUAACGUCGCGCUGUGAGACGCCAACGAGCCGGGGGGUCGAGCAGGAUGUGAGAGGAAGCCGGUAAAUCCCGCCGUUUGUGUGCUGUGACUGUCCGCUUCUUUGUCUCCCUGUGCCCCUGCACAUACCGUGGGCAACCCGGCCCGUCGGAGAGGCGCCGUGCUCAGAGACUGUGCUGCACUAGGAGAACCCAUGGCUUCAAGCCCUCGAUCUCCCUCCGAAGGCCGCAGGCUCAGGAUGCUGGAGUUGCUAUUAGGGCCCCUGUUAGUCUUGUUGGUUUCUGGGCUGGAACCAACACUGGGUCAGAAGGUCUACACCAACACAUGGGCUGUCCACAUACCUGGAGGUCAGGAGGAAGCUGAUCGAAUUGCCAGUAAACAUGGGUUCAUCAAUUACGGACACGUAUUUGGUGAUUAUUAUCACUUCCGGCAUCGUACAGUGGUGAAGAGAUCGCUGUCAGAUCACAGGGGGACACAAGUCCGUCUAAAAAAAGAUCCCAAGGUGACUUGGGCAGAACAGCAGGUGUCGAAACGGAGGAAAAAGAGGGAAACUUUCGAAGAACCUUUAGAUCCCAAGUUCAGAGACCAGUGGUACCUGUACAACAGCAACCACCGUGACUUGAAUGCCAGAUCUGCAUGGCAGUUGGGCUACACAGGUAAAGGUGUGGUCGUGUCCAUCCUGGACGAUGGAAUAGAGAAGAACCAUCCUGACCUGAUGCAGAACUACGACCCGGAUGCCAGCUACGAUGUGAAUGAUGGCGACCCAGAUCCUCAGCCCCGAUACACACAGCUUAAUGAUAACAGACAUGGAACACGAUGUGCUGGAGAAGUGGCAGCAGUGGCCAACAAUGGGAUCUGUGGAGUCGGUGUGGCCUACAAUGCCAAGAUUGGAGGUGUGCGUAUGCUGGACGGUGAGGUGACUGACAUGGUGGAGGCCCAGUCUCUCAGUCUGAAUCCCCAACACAUCGACAUCUACAGUGCCAGCUGGGGCCCAGAGGACGACGGCAAAACCGUCGACGGACCUGCCAAACUUGCCAAAGAAGCUUUUCUGCGUGGAGUUACAGAGGGUCGCGGUGGCUUUGGUUCCAUCUUUGUAUGGGCUUCUGGAAAUGGAGGGAGGGAGAAGGACAGCUGUAACUGCGAUGGCUACACGAACAGCAUCUACACCCUGUCCAUCAGCAGCUCCACCCAGAAUGGCAACGUCCCCUGGUACAGCGAGGCUUGCUCCUCCACCCUCGCCACCACCUACAGUUCGGGGAACAUCAACGAGAAACAGAUUGUGACUACAGACCUCAAAUCAAAAUGCACAGAUUCCCACACAGGCACCUCUGCCUCCGCCCCGCUAGCUGCUGGGAUCAUCGCUCUAGCCCUUGAGGCCAAUAAAAACCUGACCUGGAGGGAUAUGCAACAUCUGGUUGUACGAACUUCUCACCCUGCCCACCUGCUCACCAACGACUGGAGAACCAAUGGGGUUGGACGCAAAGUUAGUCAUUCAUAUGGAUAUGGUCUACUUGAUGCCAGUGCCAUUGUAUCACUGGCAAAGACAUGGAACAGCGUGGGGCCACAGAGGAAGUGUGUGAUCACCAUGGUCUGUGAACCAAGGAAUAUUGGCAGCCAUCUAUUGAUCAACAUGAGUGUGGAUGCCUGCAUCGGUACAGACACUCACGUGACCUCAUUAGAGCACGUCCAGGCCCGGCUCACCCUGUCCUACAACCGGAGGGGAAACCUUGCUAUCCACCUCAUUAGUCCUGCCGGCACGCGCUCCACACUGCUCCACCCCAGGCCGCAUGACUACUCAUCGGAAGGUUUUAAUGACUGGGCUUUCAUGACCACCCACUCCUGGGACGAGAACCCCACAGGGGCGUGGACACUGGAGAUUGAGAAUGUGGCUGGUGCCAGUGACUAUGGAACUCUGACCCAGUUCAUCCUGGUGCUGUACGGCACCGGCUCAUCAUCAUCCAGCUCCUCUGACAAGCCGGAGCCUGCCAACGGCAGCUGUAAGACCCUGGACCUACGGCAGAUAUGCAUCGAGUGCGACGCCGGCCACUACCUCUUUCAGCAGGGCUGUGUGAAAGAAUGUCCGGCAGGCUUCUCGGUGGGCUCCCAGCCCCUCAACUACACAGUGGGAAACUUCAUAUCGCCAGCUUCCGUCCCAGCCUGCCUUCCCUGCCCACUGCCCUGCCUGACCUGCAGCAGCCUCAGCCCUCAGGCCUGCCUGUCCUGCCCCCCUCACAGCUCGCUGGACCCCAUCUCUGGCACCUGCCUGCACCUCAACCAAUACAUGCGCGAGUCCCCUGGCAGCUUCAUGGUUGGCCAGGGUAACCCUGGAUCGCAAGUCCAGCUCAGCUCCCAGCUGCCCAUCACCAUUGCCGUGCUCAGCUGCAUGGCUAUCAUUGCCACCUUCGCCGGCAUCUUCCUGCUGCUGCAGCUGCGAUCAGGCGCACUCAUCAAGCUGCCUUCUCUGGAGGCUGGCGGCGGUCUCGGGGGCAGCUUCAGCCUCGGAGGGAAUAGGGUGGUGUCGUACCGCGGCAUCCCGACAGUCUGGGGGGAUGAUGGAGUAAAUACAGACUCCGAAAAUGAGUUUGACGUCCAUAAUGAGAGGACUGCCUUUAUCAAAACACAAAGUGCCCUUUAAUGCCUCCCCCACAUCCUUCCGUUUCUCCGGCUUUUAAAAUCCCAUCAGCCCCAUUUGUCUGAUAAUUCAGGGCUGUGGUAACUGUCCUUUCACAGUCGUCCCUUUUUCUUUUUCUUUCCUACUGGGUUUUCUAGCUGAGCCCCGCUUUGGGAUUUUGUCUUCCACUCUGCUGUUGGAGACCUGAUGGGAAGCUCAGGGCUCGGGAUGGCCCGAGCUUAGCUUUGCUUUGUUCACACAUCGGUGCAUUUCUAUUAAACUGGCUCGCUAUCUCCUCCUGCCCUCAAUCACUACCAGUGUCUGUGCAGAGUCCAUUUUCCCCUCCAGCUCCUUUUCGUUACAGUAAACAAAUGAUUAUUAUUUGCUCUCAUCCUAUUUUUCUCUUUCCAUCAGUCUCAUUGCAGUAGCCAGAAGAAAUUGCUGAAUGUGAAAAGUAGAGGUGGAUGUGUGUGUGUGUGUGUGUGUGUGUGUGUGUGUGUGUGUGUGUGUGUGUGUGUGUGUGUGUGUGUGUGUGUGUGUGUGUGUGUGUGUGUGUGUGUGUGUGUGUGUGUGUGUGUGUGUGUGUGUGUGUGUGUGUGUGUGUGUGUGUGUGUGUGUGUGUGUGUAUGUGUGUGUUCUGGUGUGCAUACAUGCACUUGUAUGAAUGAAGGUGUAAGAGUGUGUACAUUAUACAUGAAUAGUGUUGUGUGUGAAGCUAAAGCUGGUCCUAUCACAUUUAGAACUUUAACAAAAAAAUUGUAUUAUGGGGCAUGAAAUGUAAUCCCCCCCACAGCGUUGUUAAGUGACAUUAACAUCCAAAUGUCUGCUGAGAAAAGCACCUCUUAUCUGUAGUGUUUCACAAGUGCAUUUUACACAUCAACAACAUAAUAACUAAAAAGGAAAUUCCAAGACUCUACUGGCUUAUAAUUAUGUGUCAAGAGUCAGAAAAACAAAACGGACAGAGAGCCUUCUGGAUACAUAAUGUCUUUUCAUUAUGAGACGGUAAUUUUAUUUACUUGAAACAGAAUCCGUCUUUUAUAGAGUCGCUCUUUUUAUCUAUGCGGUUUUGUUCUGGGUGUGAUGAUAUUCAGUCACUCUGGAAUCUCCCUCAGCUCUGGCAGAACAGAAUGUGAGUCACAUGACAAGCAAAGCUUCCUCCUGCCUUUUGGGAUUCACCGUGGACUGGACAUUUUGAUGUUUUGGAAACUAUAAAUUCUCCGAAACCUCAUACAACUACCAACUAUGACACGGAGGGGUUUAAAAAAAAAAAAAAAAGUUAAAUUGAAAGCGAAAACACAGAGGAUCAGAUGGGCCACUCUAUCAACCCUGAGGCACAAUCCCUUCCAGGGAUAUUUUAUGUCUUAUGUGCUCAAGUGCUGGGGCUGAGAAAGAAGCGGUCGAGGUGCUGAUGAGACCCUGAACAAUACGUGACUGUUGAGCACAACAGCUUCUCCAAGCAGCAGGUAGGUGUUGAGUUACCUGUGAUUGAUUUCUUGACAGAGCAGAAACAGUAACAAUACAUUCAGGCUUUCCCUUGUGUCAGAGCACAUUAACACUACAAUCACUCGUUGUACACGCCUCUUAUCAUGAUGACGAAAGGUUUGUGUGUGUUCAAGUGUGUGUGUUUGUUGCAUACAAGGUUAGGAACAGUUAGUCUGCCAUCUGAGGUGAAGGUUUCCUUUCCUCUUUCGUCAGACUGUUUCUGCUCUUUUUCAAAUCUUUAAAUACUGUUUAGAAAUCCUGCGUCGAGACUCCACAUCUCAUUGGCGUCGCUGCGCUCGCCCUCCAGUCUUCAUCUCAUCUGAAUAUCAGAUGAGCUCUUUGGUGUACUCCACGAUUAAUUGUAUUCUGAAUGAUACUGAAGCAAACUAUUUAUUCUGAAAGAUUUUUAAUCAUACCUUUAGGGAAGAUUGUUUUUAAAGUGAUUUUUCUUCCGAGCAGUUUAUCAUCUGAAAUAUGCACCUCAUGAUUCAUUCCAGUGUAGCCAUUUUGAAAUCAUUGAUCUCUGUUCUGCUAUGUUGAAAUUAUGACUAUUUUCAUUGCUAGUACAAAAUCAAAUGGAGCUUGCUGAGAGAGGUUGUCAUGGCAAUGGCAUGCAUACAAAGCUGCAGGUGCUCAUCCUGUGCUCUACCUCUCAUAUCAUUCAGCAAGUUUUCAUGCGCAGUGAGAGGUGCUGUUAAAUGAUUAUAGAGGUCACAUUAAAUGUAUGACAGAUAUGAAAACACUUAGCUGGAUAGGUUAGGCAUGCAAUGUUAUGUUUUAGAAGAGAAACAAGCAAUUUUGCAAUUCAGAACCUGUAAAACUGCUGUGUAAAUUCUAGUCCAUUUAAUCCCUUUCUCUCCUAAAAUGUAAUGUCUUCAUGAUCAACAUUCAUGGGCAGCUCCACAUUGCCUUUAAAACCUGUUAUUGUUAUUGAAAAACGAGCGAUUGAUCAGGGAUCUCGUUGGCCAGCAUUUUAAAUGCUGAGUUGAAUCUAAAAAUAGUUGAGGGCUUUUGUUCUCCUCACCUCUCGCACUCGGUUCUACCUGGACUGUUCCACCCGGGGUUAAGACCUUUUGCUUCUUUCACUGACAAUCAAUGUUCCUUGUUUUGUGGGUGAGGCGCACGCGCACACAAAACAAAUCAAUUUUCAUUUAAUUUCAUGUAUUGGGAAGCCUUCUCUGAAGCUAUUAUUCAUCAAAAAAAACUGUGUAGAGUUGGAUGAGAUUUGAAUUGCAAUAAUGUGUUCAGAUUGAAAGGAGAAUAUAAAAGCAGCAGAGAAUAAAGAAUUUGAAACCUGCCAAAAAUCCUGCUCAGAAGGAUGGAGGAUUGGUAUGUAUCCUCUCAAACGUAACGUUGUGCCAGGAGGCUUAAUUCAUCUCAGAUGGCCAGUGCAGGUGUAGCACAUUUGGCUUAUCGUGGCAGUUUCAGCCAGGAAGCACUAAACUGUAUUGCGAACCAACCAGAGAAUGUGGCUUUAGAGCAAAUGCCCUCGAAAGGAACAAAGUAUAUGUGGCUACGGAAUAAUGUUUGUGUGCUGCAUGGCUUUAGUGCCCGCUGCCAUUUAGGCUUUGAUUAGCCCCAGUUUAAGAAGGAUGCUCAUUUAAAAAUGUAAUAACCGCAGCCUCCGACUGGAGCCACCGAAUACCAUUGGCUUCCCAGCUUGGUGCAAAGUGUGCAAACGACAGAUAAUGUAGCCCAUUAUCUGUUGUGAUGAAAUUGCUUCCGUAAAUUAUGUUCUUAAAACUCUGCAUCUUCUCUUACAAAACAGUCUUAUUGCUUCCAGGAAAGAAAAGAAAAAAAGUUUCUCAACAUAAAGUGCAACAUUUGGAGGCGUUCCAACAAGCUUCUGUGCACACACAAGAUUAUUUAUCCAUCUUAGCUUGUUGUUGUAGUUACCACAGCUUGAUGAAGUCAGAAAACUUAAAACCCAUCAACUGAGCAUUCAAGUGUCCAACUUUAGAAGAAAUCCCGAAUGCAGGCAGAUUAAGUAGUUAGUGGAGAGAACCCAUUAGCAGACAGUUUACGUCUUUAUCUGCAAGAAUCUGAUGGAAACCACACACUAAAAAAGGGGAGAAAGAGUUUCACUAAUUGUGCCAAAACAACCGCUCCUAAGUAGAAGGCAACCGCUUCAUCGGCGCUGAGGUGUGAAGCCCUAUAAUGUACAAAGUUCCAGGAAUGUAACAGAGAAAAAAAUUAGCUCACUGCAAAUUGUCUUCUGAUUAUACAGAGGUGACGACGGAGGCUUUGUCUUUAUACAAGUGAUCAUGUCAUGUUGAGCUGCCUCAGGAUCUGGCCUGAUGUGAUCGAUAUGAAGUCGGACGGAGUUAAUCGGAGCAAUAUCUUUGGCUUGCUCAGAGACGGUCACUUUGGGGCCGUCUGUGAAGUGCUUAGACACUUUCGCUUUCAGGUUGUCGCAGUCCAUCGAACCCCUUCACUUGUGUCCAUGGUGUUCCGUUGAUAUCGCCCUGUCAUCUCUUCCCUUUUGAGCGACACCCUGUUUGUUCAGCAGCUUUGGAGGCAGGAGACAGAAUGUAUCCCAUCUUCAUUAACUUAAGGGCUGAAUCAGAUCUGCGUGCGUGCGUGCGUGCGCUUGUGUGUAUGUGUGUGUGUGUGUGCACAUGCUUGUUUGAGUAUGAAUAAAACACUUUGUAAUAGGGGGUGGACAGUGGAGCAGUGUCAGAUGACUCUGGCCUGUGACCUAUGUAUAAUGUACAAGAAUGACUAUCUUACAUGGGACAUAACUCUAAAAUAAGGCCUAUUUUUGUACUACAUGAAUGGUGCAGUGUAAUUUUCUUGUAAUUUAAAGAUUUUUUUUUUGCUCUUGUUUUUCUCCUUUUUAUUUAAUUGAUGUCAAUUAUAGAUUCUACUAAAAUAAAGAUCUAUGCAAAUUUGAA